UCGCCCGCCAUUUCUCCCCCAAAAAUUCUAGGGUUUCUUCAUCUCUUCUCAUCCGAUUCCAUUGUUUCCCUUCAAUGGCUCACAGUCUCCGACGAUCUGCCAUUGUUCAUAGGUUUCUCCUUCGUCAUCUCAUCUCAGAUUCAUUGCCAAGGAGGUUGUUUUCUCAUAGAAUUGGUGUGUCUUUGAUCCGUCAAUGUUCGUUUGUAAGUGAUGUGAAUAUUGGAAUGAAGGAUCAUACCCGCAGGUGUUCAGGGUUAUCUGAAGUGCAACCUACUUUGGCUCCGCAGGCACAAGUUUUGAACUUCAUUAACGCAAUGUUUUCUGAGGUAGAAGGAACAAAUCAUCGUUGGUUGAAUAAAAUACACAAUGAAAAGUUAUCUUUUAACAAAGAUGGAAGUCUCAUAGUGUUCCUGAAGACCUGCGAGCUGAACUCCACACUAUGUGACAAUCGGGAAGUUGUUGCAAUCCUUGAAAGAGCAAAAUUGCUACAGCAGAGGUACCGAGGACUUAGUAUUUUUUGGUUGCUAAGUGUUAAUUCAGUCAACUCCAUAGCCAUUCAAACUCAGAUCACUCAAGCUAUAAUGGAGAAUUAUGUUACAUUUCCUAUUUUGUUAUUUGACAAGGAUUUUCCUGAGAUGUUAAAUGGUGGGUGCUACUUGUUGUUUGAAGGUUCUAGGAAUCGUUUCCUCCACCAUAAGCUGGAUGUGGAUAUAGGAAUCAUUGUUAAAGAGAUUGAGGAAUUUUAUUCCUUAAAUAAGAGUGGUUCUGUGAUGGUUCAGAAUCCUACUGUUAGUGGAACACCACAUCGAGAUGAGGUUAAGGAGCCUUGCAUAUAUCCUAUGAUGAAAAAUUUACUUUUGUCCUAUCCUGGGUGUAUCUCUGUAGAUGAGAAUGGUGGCCGCGCAUUCAUUUCUGAUUGCAAUAAUCAUCGGGUUAUCAUAGCUGAUGAAGAUGGGAAGAUUAUUGAUUGUAUUGGUUCUUCUCCUGGUUUUGAGGAUGGUGAAUUUGAAUCGGCCAAGUUGUUUCGCCCUGCGGCAUCUGUUUUUGACAAUGCUGAAAAUUCCUUAUACAUUGUCGACUCUGAGAAUAAUGCAAUAAGGAGAGCUGAUAUGGAAAGAAGGGUGCUGGAGACAGUUUACCCUGUUCCUGUUCAAAAAUCAAGUAGGAUAUGGAGCUGGAUCAUGGACAUACUUGGAUUUCAAAAAGAAAGUGCUCUGACAUCUGAGGUAGUUGAUUUAGAUGGAGUUACUUUACCUUGGCAUUUGGUGAAGUUAGGGGGUGAUGAUCUUCUGAUUAUAAAUCGCAGUUUUGAAAUGGCAUGGAUCAUGGACAUGAGUACUGGGGAAAUCAAAAAGGUUGUAAAAGGGACAAAAACCAUUACUGAGAUGUAUGGGCACAUGAUAUUGGAGAGAGUUCCCUCAUUCAAGGAUGUUUGUUGGAAUUCAUUUCAACAAAGGCUUGUUCAUUAUUUCUCAUUAGAGGGGAUUCCAUAUGCAAGCUUGAUGUCAUCAAUUGCAAGUUUUAAUAACUAUACAGUGUUCUGUGAUGCAGCUGCUCAGAAGGUUCUAAAGUGUCAUAGAGAAUCAAGACAAGUGGAAUGUGUUCAAUUUUCAAACUUGCGGAUCCUUGGGCUACCAUAUUGGUUGGUUUCUCCUCCAGAGAGAAUUUUUAGAAGUGGAAAUUCAUGCUAUCAGUGGAAUGAGCAUCUCCGUCCAUUCAGUGUACUACCAGGAAGGUGCAACAUAAAGGUGAACGUUGACAUCCCAAUGGAAACAGAACUUAUUGCACCUUUAGAUGAAAAUUGUAUUUGGCGUCAAGCAAGAGGAUCUGCUGCUGAAUUGUCUAGACUAGAUGGACCUGCUGCUGGCUCUGAGAAGGUUGGUGUUGCUCAACAAUGGUUUGAUGAAUUGGAUAACCUUGCCUUUUCUCGGCCUGAGGCUGACUUAAAUCCUGAAGAAGAAGAAAAAUCUUCUAGUAAAUGCAGUCAAGAUAGUGAUAAGGUGCAUUUCAAUUGCACUGUCAAUGUCAGUCCUGGUAUUGGUGAGGUGGUUGUUUCCGCGGUUCUAUAUUUGAAGCUAAAGAAAGCACAUGGAACCGGAGGACAAAACUUCGAUUCAAUGAGGGUGCUUGGUUUGAAGAGCUACGGUAGUAUAAAACCGGAAGAGGAGGUAUGCAUGAAGUUGCUUUCGGAUACAUGCGGAGAUCUGCAGGAUAUCGUCUUUAUGAAACCUUUGCAUCUGAGAAUAAAAUUGGAUUGUGGUGACCACCCUUCUGCAGAUACACAGAAGGAGAUCAUCUCCACUGAAACCAACUUAGAAAUCUCUAUUUCACUAGAUUAACAAGCUUUCUAAUUGACUUUCUAUGAUCCUCUAUGCUUUGAAUUAGAAGUUUUUUUUUUUUUUCAAGUGUCAUUAUUUAUACCAAUUGUGCUUUGUUAAAGGUAAGAGUGAUUGUAAAAAUGAAGUUUAGAACUAUGAAAGAACUCUUAGAGGCU